ACAUGUUUCCCAAGAACCCACUCAUCAUUCAGAACCAACAACACUUAUAUGAACAAAAACACAACUUUAUCAGACAAAUGUGAGAAUAUGAUAUCGCAUUGAAAUUUUCGACGCCCAGAAAAUUCCAAAAAGGUGGAAGAGAAACGAGUAGAGAGACGGUGAUGAAGAGGCAAACCAGCGCGAUGUCACCGUCGUCAUCCCGGCGAGAAAACGCGCCGGAAAAAAUUCACGCCAAGACCAUCGGCUGCAUGUCUGGCAUUCUCCACCUCAUCUCCCGCUCCAACAGCCGCCGCCAAUGCCGCUUCCUCACCUUCGGUAACAAGAAGAAUCCUAAGAAUAAUUCUUCUUCCGCCAUUUCCUUUAUCGCCGCCGGAGAAAUAUCAAAAGAGGAGAAGACUUCCGAAGUUGCCACCGGCCGGAAAUCGAUAUCGCCAUGCGAGGUGCCGAGAAGCCCGACGUUACUCGCGGAGAUUCGCCAGUCUCGUGCGACAAAGCCUCAAUCGCCGACCGCGGAGAGUCGCUCGCCGGCUUUGGUGGCGAGGUUGAUGGGACUGGACGAAGCACCGGAAGCUGCGCUGGCGGAAUCGGUGGUGGAGAAGAGACGGCAGCUUCUCGAAGCGCUACAAUGGUGUGAUGCGGACUUGAAGGCGCUGAAGAAGAUUAUCGAGGCGGUUCAGUUGACGGAUCCACUGCCAUGGUGGGAGUUCCGGAAGAGAGAGUGACGGC